AUGUCUUAUUACGACGACGACAGAUCCCGCCGACCGAGGAGCACCCGGGAGCGGUCCCGAAGAGAUGACUAUGACGAUACCACGAUUUACGACACAAACACCAGAGAAUCCCGGAUAGUCAAGAGGCGCGAUGACAGCGUCGACUCUAUCGAAGAAGUCGCCCGUGAUUUCGCCCCUGGAGACCGCGGCGCUGUCUAUCGCGAGACCACUGUGCGCAAAAGCGGCCAUCGCCCGAUCCGAACGAGGUCGUCCGAUGAUCGCUGGUACGACGAUCGGUAUGACGACCGGUCUUAUGUUUCGCGAAAGAGAUAUGAUGACGACUACGUCGUUGUCGACAAGCCGAGACGCAAGGGUCGAGAUUACGACGACAGCCGCCGCUCCCGUCGAUACUCCUCGGAUUACUCCUCUCGAAGCCGCACUCCACCCAAGAGAGAGCGCAGAAAGUCCACGGUUGAAGAGGCCUUGGGUGCUGUCGGCCUAGGAGGAGUUGCUGGAGCUCUUUUGGGCAAGAGCCGCGAUAGAUCAAGAUCAGGUUCUCGCGAUGGCCGCCAUCGAAGCCGAAGCCGCGCUGGUCGCAGAGACAGAUCGUCGUCUGACCGUUCUCGAUAUCGUAGCAAGAGCCGCGGCAAAGCCAGGAAUGAGCAAAUCUCACAAGCCAUAAAGGCUGCUGUUCUGGCUGGAGCCGGUGAGGCGUUCCGUGCUCGCAAGACCGACGGCGGUUGGGGCGGUGAGAAAGGCAAGCGAGUGCUCACCGCUGCGCUCGCCGCAGGCGGAGUUGACGGCUUGAUCUCCAAUAAGGAGGAUCCUCAUCACCACAACAAGCGAGACAUUGUCGGCUCGGCUUUGGCUGGUAUGGCCACCAAUCGCAUCAUCAAUGGACCACGGUCGAAGUCUCGAGGCAGGACCGGGAGCCCUGACAGUCGCCGUGGGCGCAGCCAGUCUCGAGGAGGCUUGGGAGACCUUGCCGCUGGCGGAAUUGUCGCAGCCACGGCAAAGAAAGCAUAUGAUUCAAUCCGCUCCCGAUCCCGUGGUCGCGCGCGUUCUCGAAGCGCAUCAUCAUACGACAGCCGUGGUAGCCGGAGCCCGCCAAGCAAGCGCAGUCGCAGCCGCUCAAUCGCCGCCAGAGGGCUUGCAGCGUUGGGAUUGAAAGAUGCCGCGGACAAGGUCGAUCCAGGCCGUGAACGGGAUCGCCGCCGAAACUACGACAACUACGAUGAUGAUGGACGGUCAAGCCGUUAUGGAGGAUAUGGAUACAAUGAUUCCCGAGAUGUAGGUACCAUUCAACCCCAGUAUGACUAUGCAAAUGGCGGUCCCCGUUCCCUGAGCGUACCUAGGGGGGCGCCCUCUGGCUAUGAGCUCGACUACGGCCCGCGUCAUACCGGGGACCCAGAAACAGACUCCGAUUCUGACCUCGGCUCCAGUUCCGAAGAUGAGAAAGAGAUUAAAAAAGGUCGCAAGAAGAUGUUGCUCAGCGGAGGUCUUGCGACCGUUGCAACUAUACACGCUGCGCACAGUGUAUACCAAAGUAUGGAAAAACGCGAAUUGAGACAGAAGCUAUUGAAGGAGGGUGAUAUCAGUCCCGAACAAGCGAGGCAGGCAAAGAACAAAAACAGACUCCAGGAUGUAGCCAGCAUCGGGAUCGCGGCUUUGGGUCUCAAGGGGGCCUACAGCGAAUGGCAGGAGACCCGGGAAGCACAGAGGGAACAGAAGGAGGAAAAGGAGAAACGCGAAAGACACAAAGCCAAGCGAGCAGCAAGACGCCGGAAGAUGAGCAUGAUCGCAGCUCACAAUUACGUCGACAGCGGCUUUACUGGAAGCAUGCCAAACCUGGCCAGCUACCCUCAGCAGCAGUAUCCGCCGCAGCAACCGACCUUCCCUCCACCGCCCGGGGCCUUUGCGUAUGGCACGGGCUCACCGGUCCACUACGCUGAUGACAACCCUUAUGGGGCAAUAUCACAGCAGCAGGCCUAUGUCCCUGCACCCCAUCAUGAACCUCAAGUGGGUGUUCCUCGGGCCGAGACUCAUUGA